UUUCCGGUUGAAUUUUUCCAGCAAGACACCUGUGAAAUUUUGCUGUCCAGUUGUUCUUAUCUCUAUGUCUGCCGAUAAAAUGACCCCGUUUCCAUGAAACGAUUCUACGUGUAAGUUCAUUUUGGAUAGAAUUUGAAUAGUAUCUAAAAUGUUGAUGACAACUUAAUAAAUCUGUGACAAUGUCCUAUAUAAAACCCUUAGUUACAUUCUCCUGUGCAGUGGGCGGGGUCGCCUUGCUCCUGUGCCUCGACAUUUUUAAACCACAGAGAGAAAAACUUAUUUCAUUGAUUCCUACAAACAUUAAAGACCGCGUAUUUAGCGAUAUAAGUGCUCAUUCCAAGGACAGACUUUUCACACUUGAUGAGUUGGAGAAAUACCGAGGUCAAGAUGGGAAUGACAUUUACCUGGCAAUUCUUGGACAGGUAUUUGACGUCACCAAGGGCAGGAAACACUACGGACCAGGGGGAACCUAUCACUUCUUUACAGGAAAUGCGGGCACGAGGGCCUUUGUGUCUGGCGAUUUCAGCCAGCAAGGGUUGAAAGAAAAUCUUGAUGGUCUUUCCUUAAAGGACAUCCAAGGAAUAUCGGGUUGGGUUGACUUUUACCACCAACAGUACACGUACAUAGGAAAAUUAGUUGGGCAUUUUUAUGACGAGAAUGGCAAUCCAACCGCGGCGAUGGACGAAUUUGAAAAUCUCUUGGAGCAAGCCAAACAGAAGCAGAAGGAGGACGACGAAGACUUAAAAAGAUUUCCGCCAUGUAACUCUGAAACAAAAGUUGGUGUCAGCAGACGUAUUUGGUGUUCUGAAAAUAGUGGUGGCAUAAAAAGAGAUUGGACUGGAGUCCCCAGACAGUAUUUCCAACCCGGCAAUUCGCAAGCACGAUGCGCAUGCGUAAGAGAUAAAGGUCCUCCUUCAUCCGGUGGCAGUUCUUCCAACAAUGGCGAUCUCAAUAACCCCAACAUGAAAGUAUAUGAUGGAUGUGAACCAACAGCAACAUCCUGUGCUACACCCAAGGACAGACUUUUCACACUGAAGGAGUUGGAGAGAUAUCGAGGCCAAGUCUACCUGGCGAUUCUUGGACAGGUAUUUGACGUCACCAAGGGGAGUAAACACUACGGACCAGGGGGAACCUAUCACUUCUUUACAGAAUAUGCAGGUACAAGGGCAUUCGCGUCUGGCGAUUUCAGCCCGCAAGGGUUGACGGAAAAUCUUGAUGGUCUUUCCCUCGAGGACAUCCAAAAAAUAUCUGAUUGGGUUAACUUCUACCACAAAAAAUACACUUACAAAGGAAAGUUAACUGGACACUUUUAUGACAAGAAUGGCAAUCCAACCAAGGCAAUGAACAAUUUUGAGAGACUCUUAGAGCAAGCCAAAAAGAAACCAAAGUAUAGAGAUGAAGAUCGUAAAAGAUUUCCUCGAUGUAUCACUCAUUACGAAGUCGGUUUUGGCAGAAAAAUGAUGUGUUCUAAGAAUAGGCAAGAAAUUGUUUGA